AUGGCGUACAACCCGGAGACCCUGAGCUUCGACCUGCCCGACACGGACCAGAUCUAUGUGUCGGGCCUGCCCAGCGGCGCCGGCGAGCGCGACCUAGAGGAGUACUUCGGCUCCAUCGGCGUGAUCAAGACCGACAAGAAGACCAAGGGCAAGAAGAUCUACAUGUACAGGGACAAGGCCACGGGCGCGCUCAAGGGCGACGCGACCAUCACCUAUGAGGACCCGUUCAGCGCCAGCUCCGCCGUCCAGUGGUUCAACGGGAAGGAGUGGAAGGGUGAGGCGCCGCCGCACGCGACCUGCACCCCAGGGUUGCCGCCGCCGGUCCCGCGGCGCCGCUGCGGGACCCUGUUCGGUCGCCUCUAA